GUUAUGAAAAAUUAUGCAUAAUUUGCAUUUAUUUUGUUUAUCGUGACUUCGCCGAUGGAACGCGAAUCAUCUGAACAAAACAAAAGCUGUGAUAAAUAACCAGAAUUAGAACCGUCUUUGCGGUCUUUGCAUCCGCAGCAACAAAAAAGAUGUUCUGAUGUGAUUUGAAUGCUGUUAUGUCUGAAAAUUUCCCAGUUACUAUUAAUUAAAGUUUGUGUACUCGGUAAAAAUCUCAGUGGCUACGUAAUAUGCCGAAGCAAAAGUGGGGAACGAAAAGUAAACAGUACUGCGCCGAACAGGAAGACGACUCGUACGACCAGUUGUAUCGAAAGUCGGAUAUAUUUUACGAGUAUUUGAAUGAUGCCUCGUGUAAAAUACCGAAAAUCGAGGAACAUUUGGCCGAUCCGGUGGAGUUGCUGGAGACGAUCGAUAAUAUCGAUCUGCCGGCUCAUCGACUGACGGGGAAAGUCCGGCUACAAUACCUGUCCUACCUGGAAAAACUGCUUGAGAAUAACUACGAGGUGUGGUGCGGCUCGGUGGAACCGUACGAGGAGCAAACGUUCUCACCGGAAGAUGUGAAGCGAUGUGCCGCCAGCAUCGAGAUGAAAGCGGUGCAGUCUUGCAUGAUAAUGUCAUUGUACCGCAAAUACGUCCUUCAACUGAUCUCACAAAUUCGAAAGGAAACUAAUGAUUGUACGCUGCAUCCAAGUCUGAUAAACAUGAAAUUCACACCAAAGAUAAUAAAAAAAGAGUGCAGUCACGUGUCAGUUCAAACGGACUCAAUCAUAGAACCAAUCGAUGACACAAACAUAAAUUUCGCUGAAAAGUCACUCGAAACCAAUCAUCUUCCACUCCUAGACGUGCCUGCAAUGUCUCUUGAUGAGAAAAUUCGUAAUUUUGAGCGUAAGAUGCAUAUCUCUAGCCAAGAGUUUGAAUGUAAAAGAAAUCGUCGCAGGAAGAGUACACACAGGGAGAGAUCCAGAUCGCGACCUAAGGAACUUCCAAUUGCCAUCAAUCAAGAAAAUGCACCUAUCUUGGAAGUUUAUCAACAUCAUGAAAAAGAAGUACAAACUUUCACACAACCUGGUCUAAUCAAGGUCCCCAAAUUGGUAAACAAUCCCGCACAAGAUGACGAAAUUAUGCGAGAAUUAGAAGCCAUGUUUGAUACAGGAGAUGACGGCAACAUUUUUGAAUCUUGCGAGAAUCAAGUUCAAAUCAAAGCUAUUAUCAAUGAGAUUGAAAAGUUUGAACCAUCGAGCACCAGUGACCAACCUGAUUCAUUGAAGAAUCUUAAAACUGCUGGACAACAAUUUGCAAAGCCACAGCGAGAAAUUCUAGUGCCACCAUCUCCAAAGUUCGACUACGACAAUAAUCAAAGUUGCUUGUUGGCUCCUAAAGAGUACUCGAAGCAUGAACCGGGUGAAGAUAGGGAAACCCUCGGGGAAAUCGAUCUCAGAAAAAGUUUGUGGCCAUGCGAAUUGCACAUGCAGAAGAUGAAAUUACGAGAUAUAUUAAGUAACAUUGCCGAUAACAAUUACAUACGGUACGAACGGAUUCGUGCCCGGUUCAUCAUUUUGUUUGGAGAGUACGAGGACGACGAGGAUGAACUGGGUCCGUAUAGUCCGUCAAUAGAGCUGAAUGAAAUACUGGUGUCCAGCUGCCGACAACGGAUCGCCAAAUGGGUAGUACAAGCAUUAAUGAAACCACUUAACGAUGGUCUUAUUUCCAAUAGAUUCCUGUUUAAGAAACUAGCUAAACAUGUGGCCGAUAAUAUUAUUUUCCUAAAUCAGUAUCCUGACCAGCGGUUCAUCAAACACUACGUGACUGAUUACUUCUGCUCGCAUCCAAUGAUUUCGUCCCUGGAAGAUAUGUAAUCUUCUCAUUGAUUAAUUUAAGAUUAUGUAAAACCCUGAACAAGUGAAUUCCCAGAUAUCUGGAUAACAGUUUGAGUUUCUCGACAUAACUAACAUUAGAAUUUUACAGUGGUACAUUAAGCUAACUAUUGUUUGAGCUUGGAGCCACAAUUUAAUAAUUCUGUGAAUUAUCUUAGACAUAAUAUUAUGUUUAAAACAUAAAGUAUCAUAACUGUUUUCAUUUACAUAUGAUUAUUAUUAUUAUUUCUUUUUCAGAGAGAUGAAUUUUAUGUACGUAAUAAACAAAAGCUAUUGUUCAUUAAAAA